GCCUCUCACUGAAAAUAAGGUUAAAACCAACCAACCUUCAAAACCUGAGCUGCCUUUGGAGUAGGGCCAGCAGCUCAUCGCCUCUCCUGGGUUCUAGGCAGGGCUGUGGGGAGCUGGGCAGGUUUGACAGACAAAGGGAAGGCAGAGAGGCUCCAACUGCAGCUGCUGCUGCAUGAGUGGGAAUUCGAGAAGACCGAGCUGAACUUCCUGUCUGCAGGGGAUUUCGAUAAGAGAGUGGGGCGGGCUGGGCUUGGCUUCCGCUCCCCCUGGCAUUGCCAUGGCUGCCAUAGCAGCGUUGGGGUGCUGCCAUAGCAGCGUUGGGGUGCUGCCAUAGCAGCGUUGGGGUGCUGCCAUAGCAGCGUUGGGGUGCUGCCAGCUGCUGCGCAGAUUGAACAGCAACUGGAUUCAUGUAAUUAGAGGACAUCUGCAGUGCUUUGCACUUGGGACUGCUGCUCAGAAGACCCUUGUUCCUGCAGAAGGAUGGCUGCAAAGAAGAAGGAAGUAGUACUGCAGAUUAACAUCAAUAGCCAGGAGCUUUGGGAAGAAAUGCUGUGUCUCAAAGGACUCAUUGUUGUUGAUGCGUAUCAAGCCUGGUGUGGUCCAUGCAAAACAGUAGUGGAUCUUUUCCAAAAAAUAAGGAAUGAAGUUGGCAGUGAUCUCCUGCAUUUUGCUGUGGCUGAAGUUGAUUCCAUUGACAGUCUGGAAAAAUACAGAGGAAAAUGCGAGCCUGUCUUUCUGUUUUAUGCAGGAGGAGAAUUAGUAGCUGCAGUAAGAGGAGCAAAUGCACCAUUGCUGCAGAAGACCAUCCUUGAACAGCUGGCUGUGGAAAGGAAGGUUUUAGAACAUGGAGGACAGCGUGUGGUAGUACAAGACAGAGCCUUCUCCAAAGAAGAGGGAAAAGUGGCUGUUCUUCAGGAACAGUGGAAGGCUAAAUAGGUCAGGCUAAGGCACCUGUUGAUUCCCAGCCGUUGUCGUGGAGCAGACGUGGGAUUUCCCAAUAAACACAUGGAUUUUAUGCGA